UUUCCACCACAAUGGCGCCAUUUUCGUUCCAAGAGCAAGAAUCACCAUUCUUCUUCUUUCAUUAUUGAUUUAAAAUCAGCACAAUCAAGCAACAACUUCAUUUAAUUUAAUUAUUUUUUGCUAUUCACCAUUAAAUUUAUCACUACCAAAAUUUGCAACACCGCCACCCAUCUAAUCGCGUCAUCCAUUAUUUAAUACACCAUCUUGUCACCAAAAAUCAACACACUUAAUUAUCAAUUUCUCCUCCCAAUACCGAAAAUGCAAUAAAUGAUUGACUUUUGUAUAAAAUCUAAAAAAAUUUAAUGGAGAAGAAAAAAAAAGAAAAAAAUUCACCACUCACAAAACAAAAGAAAGAACGAAGAUUGAAUAAGUGGCACUCAAUUUCACGAAUUUGAUGGUAGAAGCAAUAACGGUUAAUCAACUUUAAAAUUUUCACCAAAAUAUUUUUCGACCGGCGAACUCCAUAUGUAAUUAGAUAACUUUGUCGAAUUUUUGUUGUGGGUUUCGUCCCUCAAUCUUAUUUUUUGUGUUUUCUUUUGGAAAGAAAUAAUUUUUCAAUUAGUUAAUGAUUGUAAUUAAGAAAAUGAAGAGAAAAGAGGUGAUGCAAUGAAGGAGGAGAAGAGGUGAUGCAGAAGAGUGUGUGUCAUCGGAGUGGGUGGAUGGGUGAGGGGUGGUGGAUGGAGAGGUUAAAAAGAAUAUUUUUGGGUUUCCUUUUGUAAUUUUUUGGCUUUUAAUUUUAGUCAUUCGUUUUCUAAGAAUAGGUGUGCAAUAGUUCGUCACAUUAAUUUAGACGUGUAAAUGACUUUUUAAAUAUAAUUGAUAGUGUUUUUUAUGACUUUAUCCUUUUUUUUAUUUGAAGAAAUCCACCCGCCAAAAUUGAUUUUUCUACUUACAAUAGAAACUUCCAGGAAAUAUCUUCAAAGAGAAUCAUCACGUCUUUACAGCCCAGCAAUUCAAACAUUUUUUUGCAUGUCUUCAUAUUCUGACACCCAAAAAAAAACAGUUCAUUCCAACUGAUUUUUGAAAAGAAAGGCAGAGAUGGAAAAACUGUAUCAUGUCGUUGCUUCAGUUGACUGGGAGAAAGAGUCUUUUCCCGAGUACCAGGAUUUGAUUUUUCUUGUAUUUUUCGCACUCUUCUUCCCCCUCCUUCGAUUCGUACUCGACAGUUUUGUUUUCGAGGCAUUGGCUAAGCGAAUGAUUUUUGGAGAGAAGGCGGUUGUAAAUAUCAAUGGCAGUAUAGAGAGGAAGAAGAUCAACAAAUUCAAAGAGUCGGCAUGGAAGUUUGUGUACUUUCUAUCUGCUGAGUUGCUUGCACUUUCUGUGACUUGUAAUGAGCCUUGGUUCACGAAUAGUCGGUAUUUCUGGGCAGGACCUGGAGAUUUGGUUUGGCCUGAUCUGAAAAUGAAAUUGAAGCUGAAAUUCUUGUACAUGUAUGCCGGAGGAUUUUACUUAUACUCGAUAUUUGCAACGCUUUAUUGGGAAACAAGACGCUCUGAUUUUGCUGCACAAAUAAUUCAUCAUGUAACAACAGUAUCACUCAUUGUGUUGUCUUAUGUAUACGGGUUUGCGCGUGUUGGAUCAGUGGUUCUAGCACUUCAUGAUGGAAGUGAUGUGUUUAUGGAAAUUGCAAAGAUGUCGAAAUACAGUGGCUUCCAAAUGAUUGCUGAUAUUUUUUUCUCUCUUUUCGCUAUGGCUUUUACCUUUCUUCGUAUAAUCUGCUAUCCCUUCUGGGUAAUCCGAAGCACCUGCUAUGAGAUUCUUUUCGUAGUGGACAUAGAGAAGGACCGGACUACUGGGAUCAUACUUUACUUUGCGUUCAAUGCAAUGCUGAUAUGCUUAUUGGGUCUUCACCUCUUUUGGUUUAAAAUCAUAUUACGGAUGAUUAGGAACCAAAUCCUAUCAAAAGGCCACGUUAAUGAUGACGCUCGAGAAGAUUCUGAAUCCGAUGAUGAGCACGAAGAUUGAUCCUUCAGUAGCUAGAAUCAGAAGCAUGAUUCACGUCCACGGCUAAUGUGUGUGAAGCAUUCAAAUAUUUUGUAUUUCUUGUAAAGGCAGCAUCAAUUGAUGUAGAUGAAAAAUUAAACAUAGGGGAAUUAUAGCAAAAUUCUUUAUUCCGGGCUCUCGUUCACGAGUAUCUGCCUGUAUGUAUAAAAAAAAGAAUCCACUGUUGGCAUUAUGUA